AUGUUUUGCCUCCUCCUCACAGGAUGUGAGUCAGGCACACCCCUAUGUCUUCUUCCCCUGGGAUUAGAGAUGCCUUCCUCUCGAACAGGUGACUCACCUGGUGAAUCAGCUAGAAGCCUAGAGGGCAUGACUCAGCAUGGGUGGUUUUUCCUAUUGCCAGGGAAACCCUGGGACAGAUGGAAGGGGGAAGUCACGGGUGUCAAAUCUCGUACCCUCACACUGCUGCCCUUCUCUUUCCCUUCACUCACCUCAGAAAGCUACAUGCAACGUGCACUUAGCACCGUGCUCUAUUUAUUUUACUGCAUGCAGGUCAUGAAAGACUCCACUCUAGAAACCAUUCUGAAUAGACUAGAGAGGUCAGGAGGCAGGUAG